AUUAGCAAUGAGUAACAUACCGAGCAUGGACAACAUGAUUUCCUUCAACCACAAGUCGAUGUUUCUAGGGCGAACAAUAACUGGAGGCGCGUUCGAGAAGUGGAUUAAUUCCGGUCCGUGUGGUGGGCUGCUGAAGGGAUUCCUGGAUGCGCUUGUCGAGGACCACAGCAAGACAUGGUCAUUCCAAAGCGUGAGAGCCUGGUCCUCAAGCAGCCGUGCGCAAAGGGUUUACAAGGAUGGGUUUGCGUCAGCAUAUACACCACCUGCAUCAAGCGACAGCAGCGGGAAACCACACACCGCAUUCACACACUUGGUAUCGGGAUAUUCCGCGACCAAGCCGUCAGACAUCCCACACUUCUGUGAGGCAUGGGGGGUACUGCAUUUUGGUCUUCUAGGUAGCCACUACGGGUUUGGAAACACCUUUGCACGGAUGGAGUAUACACGGCUGCUUUUAUCAGUCCAGACAAUUGCGCUGAGUGUCGCUGCCUCGAGCGGCCAAGUCCCCGGGCUGCCCGCGGUGUGCAGUACACUGGCGUCAGCCAUAGUCAGUGGCCUUGCGCAGGCGCAGUACACCACCACCUUGGUAGCAAACACCGCCCAUGUCACCCUUCGCGGGUCCUCGCUGGAUGGGCCGCAUCGGACUCUUGGGCCACGCGCUGCGGACCUCGCGCCAAGUGUUGCAGGGCACAGCCCACUUUCAUGGGCCAUACGGUUUGCCAGCAAUGACCACGGGAGCAUUGCAAUUCCAGACUCAAACACCGAGGGCAAGCUCAUCUGCGCAGUUGCGCAUCUAAUGGAAACACCUUGCGUGCUAGCUAACACGCGCGACGAUCUCAAGCAGGAAGGGGUAUCAUUCAUCAUCUCAAGCCCCUUCGCCUAGGCUUCAGAACUAACAUCAACAGCAUUCCUGUAUUAUCGUGAGACCUAUUGCCUUCACCUAAUGUUCGGGCCAGGAUUUACUUGCUGCUUUCUUUGCUUGGCUUUAUUCAUGGUGAAGCAGAACUAUUCUUCUUUCAUUAGAUAAUAGUUGAUACAGACAGUGGUUUCUAGGUUUGCUCUCACUGUUGGUUCUGUAAUUUUAUGCCAAUCUGAGAAGCACGUUUGGUCCCGGGAUUGCUAUCCUUCUGGGCUUUGUGCUUGUUUGCCAGAUGAAAGAUAUAUUUGCCAGUACCUGGCGAUUAAGCGAGGAACCACACACUUCAUUAGUUUACCUGUUAACUUGGGGAAUGAGUGGUUAUCGA